AUGGAGGCUUCUGUGAACCGAAGGAACCCGAAAUUGAGGUCUGCAUGCAAUCGAUGUUACGAACUCAAAGAACGAUGCGAGCGUGCAACAACCUCCGUCUAUUGUGCACGAUGCCGGAGGCUGGGUUUAGCCUGUUCAACGGCGCGGCCGGUACGCGUGAGUAGAAGUGCCCAUGAUGAGAAGGCCGUCUCUAGAUUGUCUUCCGGAAAGUGCAGAAGGCAACAGCAACACCAGCCCACCAUUGAUUCAUGUUUGGAAGUCCUUUCUGACCAGCGGCCAGAAGAGAGGGAAUUGUUGCAGUUUCUUUUGGGUCAGGCUGGAAGCUUGGAUCAUUACGUCGUAUGCCCGAGCUUCCAAAUUGAGCAGCGACAAUCGCUCGCUACACAACUUCGAGUUGCCUCACCGCUGGUCAAGGAUGCUUAUUUGGCAUGUGCCAGUACGUUGAAACAGCUUCAAUCUGGGAUUGUAACGAACAAAGAUGUCAAUAUCAGUAUUGCAUACAUAUCGAAGGCUAUGUGCGUAUUACGUUCGCUACCUACCUUGCGCUCAGAAGACACCGUAUUAUGGCAUAUCCUAGGAAGUAUGCUGGCUUUCUCGAUUUAUUCAGCUAUUGGUGUAGGAGUUUCAGAAAUUUGUCGUUUCUGUCUUGGUACAACAAGUUCAUUUCUGGACACAAAAGUUCUCGGCGCACCUAACGAUCCGUGGCAAAAUUUACUGGUCCUCUUGGAGACCACGGACUGCCUCGUCUAUCGUAGAAAACCGACGGUAAGAAUUCAGGUACCGGCAUUGGGUACUGUUGAUCGUCACCUCGGACUCUCCUUGCCUCUCUUACCUCACUACCACGACCUUUGUGCAAUCAGCAGUACACUUCUUCAUACAACUGAAGUAAACACCCUGGCCUGUCUUCAAAAGCAGAUAGAUGAUAUCCAGUCUAUUGUUGAACCAUGGCAGCCAUAUAACCUGGAUCAACUUGUCGACCAAUUUGAUUCAGCGGAAAUCGUGCAUCUUCUCGCGCAAGCCAAGGCGUAUCGCCUGGGAGUUCUUCUGAUUGGCCACCGGUUGCGAUAUACAUUUGGUCAGGAGGAUGCUCAGGCCGAUAUAUGGUCCAACGAAAUAAUGAUGGAACUUGACAUGGCUUACCGAGUCACGAAACGACCGAUACGAUUUGUGACUUUACCAUUCAUGAUCGCAGCCCUUGAAGUUCGAGAUCAAGAUAUACGCGCGAAGACGCUCCAGCGCGUGGACGAUUGCGUCGAACAAUACUCCCCGCUUUUGCAAAAAACAGCCAAGACAUUCUUAACAAGGAUUUGGUGCGAGCGGGACUUGAAUCUCACGAGUCCACAGCUUGCUCGGGUUGUUAACGGAGCUCCUGGAACCACGCGUUUUCUUAUGAGGAAACGCUCUCGAUUAUACGCGCUGCUCCUACUCUAA